AUGGGUGAAAGAUCUCUAAUGCUUCAGAAUAUGCUACCAAAAGAGGAAGUUUCAAUAAUAAGGAGGAUGAAAACUUGGCAACUUGUGGAGCCUAACCUUGUGGGUAAGGAGACUUCACUUGCUUGUACGAGAUUGGUGGAACUGAUACUUGCGCAUAAGAAAAAGAAGUCCUACAAGGUUGGUGUUGUUGGAAUAGGAGGUGUUGGAAAAACUACUCUUGCUCAAAAGAUAUAUAAUGAUCACAGAAUAAAAGGAACCUUCAGCAAGAGAGCAUGGAUUUGCGUUUCUCAGGAGUACUCUGAGGUUGCUCUUUUGAAAGAGGUUCUUCGCAACUUUGGGGUAGAAUAUGGGCAAGAUGAAACUGUUGGAGAACUUAGCAGAAACCUUGCAAUAGCCAUUGAAAAGAGAAGUUUCUUUCUUGUGUUGGAUGAUGUAUGGAAACAUGAAGUAUGGACUAAUCUACUAAGAAUUCCAUUGGAUACUGCAGCAACAGGAACAAUUCUAAUGACAACUCGAAAUGAUAUAGUGGUACGAGCAAUUGGGGUGGAAGAUGUGCAUCGAGUUGAAUUGAUGUCAGCAGAUGUAGGAUGGGAGCUACUUUGGAAGAGUAUGAACAUUAACGAAGAGACUGAAGUGCAAAACCUACGGGGUAUUGGGAUGGACAUUGUUCGUAUGUGUGGUGGCCUUCCUCUUGCAAUCAAGGUUACUGCUAGUGUUCUAGCAACUAAAGAGAAAAAUGAGAAACAAUGGAGAAAAAUUAUAAAUAGAAGUGAUUGGUCUAUGAGCAAAGUUCCUAUUGAACUGAGAGGAGCUUUGUAUUUGAGUUACGAUGACCUACCUCGACAUUUGAAGCAGUGCUUCCUUUAUUGUGCCUUAUUCCCAGAAGAUCAAAUAAUGUAUCGUGAUGACCUCAUCAGGUUCUGGGUUGCUGAAGGUUUCGUAGAAGAGCAAGACCAACAACUUCUAGAGGAUACAGCUGAAGAAUAUUUCUAUGAAUUGAUACAUAGGAAUCUCCUUCAACCAGAACCUACAUAUUUUGACUAUUCAAGGUGCAAAAUGCACGAUCUAUUAAAGCAGCUCGUUCAGCAUUUGUCACAAGAUGAAUGUUUUUUGUGGAGACCCACAAUUGUUGGAGGCUAAAUCUUUGUCAUGACUACGACGUGUUUCAGUUGUUAGUAAUAAGGAUAUUAUAAUGCUCCCCAACUUGAACAAGGAGCAUA